AUGACGCGGUUGGUGGCGCGGAUAUGCUUAUUUCUUGUGACGCGUGCGUCAUCGUUGACGCUCCAGGGCGCGGGUGAGCAGUCUGGAGAUGGCCACGCUCCGGCCGACGCCGACGUCCUUGUGCUCAAUUUCGACACUAAGGGCCACAUGAAGCGCACGGUCUUCGGUGGUUUCGAAGAGCCCGGGGGCUUCCACGGCUUGCAGUACUCGUUCGGCUACCAGGUCGUGGAGUUCCGCGGCCUGAGCGCAGUCACGAAGGCGUUCGGGCACAUCGAGAAGGUGAAGCCGAGGUUGGCGCUUUGGCUGCUGCCCUUCUUCAACGGCGAUGGGCACGGCAUGUUGGCCAACUUCUCCUCGGGCCACAGGGCUGCACGAAGCCAGUCCUCGGGCACGCGUCACGGCGUUUUCUACUGGCCGCCGGAGCGGUGCGACCGCAUCCCGCCGAACACCGUCGAGGACGCCUUCGGGGACGUCGAUUUUGUGUUCCAGUUCGGCUACCAGGACGGGCGCUUGGCCGCGAAAGACCCGCAGAAGUACUUGCCCUGGCCCCUGGGCACGGCGGGCUGGCGGAGCUGGAGGACCCCGCCCGCGGGCAGCGUGGCGCCGCUCGGCGGGCGGGCGACCUUCGCCUCGUUCCGCGGCACGAGGUCGACUCGCAGCGGGGCCUCCCAGCUCGAGAAGCUCGGGCAGGUCCCAGGGGUCGUGAUCGAGUUCAGGGACAAGUGGGCCCAGAACGACAGUCAGGCGGAGGCCGACCGUUACAAGGAGCUCCUGGCCACCAGCCAGUACGCCCUCUCGCCGCCGGGGCACAACCCCAACUGCUACCGCAUACAGGAGGCGGUUGAGAGCGGCGCCAUCCCCGUGAUCUUGCCCGGGACCAACUUGCAGCACAACACGACGGCGUGCUACAACAACUGGUCGGGCCUCUACGGCCUGCCGGUGAGCUCAGGGAUCCCCAUUUUCCAGCCUCGGGUCGGAGUCUCGAGGGCCGAGGUGGGGGACGCGACGGCCUACCCGUGGAUUCCCACAGCACCGUUCAGGACGCUGAAGACAUUCGGCGACCUCGUCGGCAGUGCAGAGGGCAUGCGCACGGGGGCCACGGACGCGACAGGUCGGCAGCUGCAGAGCUGGUACAAACACUGGCGGCGCGCGUUCCACGACCAGCUCGAGCAGCGCGUGAAGUCGUCACUGGCCCUGAGCGCCCUGGCUCGGGAGUGA